AUGGAAGCUCAACGAAUUCGUGAUGGUGUUAAGUUCAUGCAAGAAGGUGACAAGGCUUCUUCUAAAGGUCUUUUUCGUAAGCCUGAUUGGGAUGUAGCAGCAGGAUGUUACGAGCGCGCAGCAACAUCUUUCAAAAUUGCAAAGUCUUAUGACCAAGCAGUACAAGCUUAUGCCAAAACCUCCGAAGCAUUCUUUAAGGCCGGAGCCAAUCAUCUAGCUGGAAAGGCAAUGGAGAGCGCAGCUCUCAUCUUAACUCAGAAUCUAGGUCAACCUCAAAGAGCAGCUGAAGCAUAUCAACAAGCUAGUGACCUCUUUAUGACCCAGGGUAGUAUUGACCGUGCUGCUGAGCAACUUGAGAAGGCCGGAAGAGCCAUGGAAACAACAGAUAUCAAUGCAGCCAUUGAAAUGUACAGUGCUGCAUGCACAUUGUACGAGCAGGAGGAUCGCGGAAGGUUUGCAAUUGAUGUGUUUAAAAAGGCUAUUUCAUUGCUUAUCAAGAGCAAAAAAUAUGAAAAGGCUAUUGAUAUGUUGCAGCGCCAGUCGGUUAUUCUUCAGAAGAUGGUCAGUCGUUCACAUUUGCACAAGGCCAACCUUAGUAUUCUGAUUCUGAUUCUUGCAAUUGGUGAUGAAGUUGAGGCUGGAAAGCAGUUUCACAUCAUGUGCAGCGAUUCAGGAUUUUCACAGAGUGAAGAGGCAGAAAUCUGCCAGGCCUUGUUGCAAGCCUACGAGGAAGGUGACCAGGAGUUGAUGGAACAAACAGUACGUCGUCAGCAUGUAAACUUCUUGGAUAACGAGGUGGCACGUUUGGCACGUACAUUGACAGUACCUGGAGAAGUGCUGUCGAGUGGCCUGAGCGGCACUUCUUCAGUUACUAGCUCAAAAUUAUAUGGAUCUACAAAUGGUCCGCCUUCUCAUUCUGCAGUACGUGGUAAUCCCGCUGCUGCAAACCAAUCCCAGCGUCCUACCAAUGGGGCAAGUAGCCAUUCUUCUUCUGGUGGACACAUCCCUCCACAACCCAUGUCUCCUGCCCAGGUUCGCGCCGAGUUGUAUAGUCGGCCACCCCCUAGACAACAACCCCAAACACAACCACAGCAGCCGCAGGAGGUGGAAAAAGAUAACACCAGGGGAGUGGAGGAAGACUUUGCGGAAUUGCGGGUUCAACCCGGUCCCAAACCUGUAGCACAUGUGCCUGCACCUGCACCUGCACCCGUGGCACAGACGACGGAGGAUGAUGAAGACGACGAGUAUGAUGGAUUGCGUUGAGUGACAAGCAAAUAUAAGAUUAUGUAUAAAAAUAAAAAUUUACCUAAAAAAAUGGAAGCUUUAUUUCACCCCUCUCUUUCACUUUUGUGUCUAAUUUGUACGUUUGCCUUUACACACAUACAUACACAUACACACAUACACACAUACACACACACACACAUAUAUAUAUAUAUAUAUUACUU